CUCAGUACUAGUUGACAAAGUCCUAGCAGUACUAAGGGACGUGCCUGGAGUGGACAAGUUAUGCUAAUUAUGUGCUAGACAGAUCCCAAAGUUAAACACAACAUGAAGGCAGAAAGGAAGGACAGCACACAGGCUCCUGAGAUCUUCACUGUUCUUCAUUUACUUUGCCUUCUAUUGUUGCAGACAGUUCAGGUGGAAGCGGUAAACAUCACCUGCCCACAUUCAUUGAUCCAUGGCACAUUUGGCAAAGCAGCCCUACUUGCAGUAACAUACACAAGUACCAGUGCUGACAAACCAGUGGUGAAAUGGCAGCUAAAGAGGGAGAAACCAGUAACUGUGGUGCAGUCCAUUGGGUCAAAGGUCAUUGGCAAUCUGCGUCAGGAAUACAAAGACCGAAUACAGAUUUUUGAUAAUGGAUCUCUUUUGUUAAACAAUUUGCAUCUGGAAGAUGAAGGGUCAUAUGAGGUUGAAAUUUCUAUAACAGAUGACACAUUUACUGGAGAAAAAACAAUUAACUUAACUGUGGAUGUUCCGAUUUCAAAGCCUCAAGUGAUCAUGGCAUCCUCUACAGUCCUUGAGCUAAGUGAAUAUUUCACACUGAACUGUUCUCAUGAGCAGGGCACCAAACCAGCUUAUACCUGGAUGAAGAAUGGGAAACCACUGAGUAAUGACUCACGGCUACUGCUGUCACCUGACCAGAAGGUGCUAACUAUCACACGGGUCCUUAUGUCAGAUGAUGAUGUGUAUAGCUGCCUGGUUGAAAAUCCUAUCAGCAAAGAACAGAGUGCCCAGAUAAAGCUCACAGUUUAUAGAAGAAGUUCACUUUACAUCAUCCUCUCUACAGGAGGUAUUUUCCUUCUCAUCACACUGGUGACUGUGUGUGCCUGCUGGAAACCCUCCAAAAAGGAUAAAAGGAACUUAGAAAAGCAGGGAUCGGAGUAUAUGGAUCAGAAUGAUGAACACUAUAAACAUGAAGUUGAAAUUGUUCCCAGGACCAUUGAACGUGAACGAAAGAACCCAGUCCCCAUGUAUAUGUUGAAGGACAAGGAAUCCCCAGAACCUGAGGAUGAGUUUCCAAAUGACUCCAAUAGUACAUCUGAGCAGGGAAGUCCCCCCAGUUUCACAAGUUUAAGUGCCUCCCCUUCAAGGUCCCCUGGACCCCCAGCAGUAUCUGCUCGCCGGUACCAGCACUCUCCUGUGCGAUCACCUGUUUUAGCCCGAGCACACAAGUCUCCUACUCGCUCAGGUGGUUCACCUGCUCGAUCCCGUAGUGCUACUCGUAUAGUGCGGGCCACUGGAGUUCACGUAAUCCAGGAACAAGAUGAAGGCAAUAGUGCUGAAAUCAAUGCCUGAAGCAUCACAAUGCCUAUCAAAGCUGACAGAAUCAUGACAUCAAUGAAGUUUCUUAAAGACGGUGAGGUGUUGGUAGCCUACAAUUUCAGGCUGACAAUUCUAAGUGAAAACUGGAAGGCAUUUGCAACCAUUGCCCUUUAACUCAAUCAAAACAGUUUUAUGGCAGUUUCUGAAAGCUGAAGUGUUUUGUUUUGAAGAACUUGCAUGAAUAUGUAUACUUUAGUAUAUAAAUUUCUACAGGAUACUUUGAUGACUUCAUUAGCAGUUAUUCUCUUAUUCCUAUUUCUGAACAUUGGUGUUGUACAGAAAAUGAUUCUUCUCCAAUAUUAGUUCAAAAAGAAUACCAUCUGCAAAACAAAACAAAAAACAACAGCAACAAAAAAAAAAAAACACUAAAGAAUGUUAGAAAAGAAGUAAACUCAACUUAACUUAUAGAAUGUGAAUGAAUGUAGAUGAGAGAGGUAUGUCUUCACCCAUGACUUGUCAGUCUACCUUGUGUAACUGUAUAUUCCCUGUUCACAUACAAUGGGAUGACAAUGGAUUCAAGUUUCUGUAUUAUGUACCAUCAAACUCAAAUUUAACUGACCCUAGAUUUAAAGUGUUAACUUGAUAAUGAUUAGUAAUGAUGACAAUAAAAAUAAGAGUACCAUCUACAA